CCACACCCCCACGGCCACACCUUUCUCCCCUUCCCUUUCUCCAUCUCCUCUCUCUCGAUCCCUCCCCGUCUCCGCGCUCCAAGAAGGUCGCUUGCCAGUUGCCACAGGCCCCACUCAUGCAGCCGAGCGGCCGCGAAAUGCAGGGCGGCGGCGGAGGCGGCGGGCAGGACGACUUCUUGGACCAGAUGCUGUCCACGCUGCCGCCCGCGUGGCCCGACCUCGGCUACGGCAAGUCGUCGCCCUGGGAGCUCCCCGCGGGGCCCGACGCCGCCGCCGCCGCCGCCGCCGCGUUCGACGAGACCGCGCUCCUCGCCUCGCGCCUCCGCCACCACCAGAUCGGCGGCGUCGAUGAGAAGCCCCUCAUGCUCCACCUCAGCGACCUGCACGGCGUCGCCGCCGGCGGCGGCGACGACGCGGGUUUCAUGCCGCUGCCGCUCUUCACCGACCGCGCCGCCUUCAAGUCCCCCAAUGCCGCCGGAGCCGACCAGGCGCUGUACAACGGGUUCGGAGCCGCUGGGAUGCAUGCCGCCGCCGUGCACCAGCCGCCGUUCGGGCAGAGCGGCGGGUCAAUGCCGGCGGCGCAGAGCUUCGGGGGAGGCGCGGACGCGGGCGGUGGCGCGCCGGCACCGGCCGCCGGAGCGGCGUCGGGCGGAGGCGGGGCCGCGCCGCCGCGGCAGCAGCGGCCGCGGGCCAAGAGGGGGCAGGCCACUGACCCUCACAGCAUCGCCGAACGUCUCCGGAGGGAGAGGAUAGCGGAGAGGAUGAAGGCGUUGCAGGAGCUGGUCCCUAACGCCAACAAGACCGACAAGGCAUCGAUGCUUGAUGAGAUUAUUGACUACGUGAAGUUCCUCCAGCUCCAAGUCAAGGUUCUCAGCAUGAGCAGACUUGGUGGAGCUGCAGCCGUCGGCCCUCUCGUCGCCAGCAUGGCAUCAGAGGGCGACGACAGAGCCGGAAACGGCACAAGCGACGACGGCGGCGAUGGUGCCACCAACGGUGAUAACGGUGGUGGCGGCAGCAGCCUGCGGGUGACGGAGCAACAGGUGGCCAGGCUGAUGGAGGAGGACAUGGGCACUGCCAUGCAGUACCUGCAGGGCAAGGGGCUGUGCCUGAUGCCGAUCUCCUUGGCCUCGGCCAUCUCCUCCUCCACGUCGUCGUCGCCGCCGCCGUCCCUCCUGCCCCGCCCCUCCGUGGGCUCAGUGGAAGGCGCUAGAGGUCCCUUGCACGACGACAGUGGUGGUGCCGGUGGCGACGAUGGUUCUAGGACCAUCAAGUAUGCCGGUGCCGGCGGUAAGCAGUGAUCUUGUCUUGAGAGGUCGUGUGUUCAGAAGGGAGGGAGGGAGAUCUUGUAGGGUUGGAAUUGCCAAGUGGCCUAGCAGGGCUACCUUUCCUGCCCUCUCUCCCUCCUUUUGUUUGUUUAUAAGAAAUGAUGUUUAAUCAUGCAGCAACCUUUAGCUCCCAUCUUUCCAUGUUCUUGUAAAAUAGGAGUAGCUUUUCUGUGCCUCUUUACCUCCUCUCCUUUUGGGCCAAGCUGCUCCUGCGUCCUCA